GUCGACCGCACAAGUGCCGACUGCCUCCGCGCCCGCCACUUCGCCACGACCCCUUCCCUGCAUCCCCGAGCAGCAUGUUGGCCAUCACCAGUUUCCCUCGACGCUUCCCCACCGCCAGCAAGCGGCCUUUAUGUCUACCGAUGCAGGUGGCGCUCACCCUCUCGUCUGCUACGCGGGACUUGUCUUCGUCUACUAUGGCGGCCUCCGUGACUGCUCGUCCUUCUGCUCGUUACUACAUGUAUCCUUCUCCGCUGCAUUUGGCCUCGCCAUUGUCGGCAUUCUCUGCACCUGUCAACAGUAGAUCGGCGCACUCAAAGCCCUCAACGAGCCAAUCCUCCGCCUUCGCCACCUCCACCGCAAGCGUGCUGGAGGACGACCAGCAGCCGCUGCACCAGGACGUCUAUGAUGACAGCUUCCUCUUUGGGGAGCGCGCAGACGACUGGUUUACCACUGCGCGCAACCCACGCACGGAUCCGACGUUUCCAGGCGUCGACCGCGCCACGGGUCGCCUGAACGCCAGCAGAAUGCCAAAUCUCCUCUCAUGCUCGCGUCAGGAGAUGCUUGACUACUUCGACAAUUCGUGGGCUAUGACGGACGCGCUGUUCGCUGCACUACAGGGCGAGCGAGCCUUCAUGACGGCACCGCCGCACCAGCUUCGUCACCCGCUCAUCUUCUACUACGGCCACCCGACCAGCUUCUUUGUCAACAAAUUCCUUGUGUCGGGUCUCAUCCAGGAGCCUGUGAAUCCUCACUUUGAGCAAAUCUUUGAGGUGGGCGUGGACGAAAUGCGUUGGGAUGACAUGAGUAAGAACGAGAUGCAUUGGCCACACGUGGCUGACGUUCUGGGCUACCGUCGCCAAGUCUACCAACUCAUUCGCAGCGUUAUCGAGUUGCACCCGGGCCUGGUGCCUGGACACGACCUGAUAAACGAGGACAGUCCGUUAUGGGCGCUGCUGAUGGGGCUCGAGCACGAGCGGAUCCAUCACGAGACGUCCUCCAUGCUUAUGCUUGAACACCCGGUCGAAUUCUUCCUGAGCACCUCACUACUGCCCGACUAUCACGAGUCUUUAACGCACGACAAUAAGGAAGUCGCACUGCAUCCGGUUGCUAGCGUUGACUACCCGGUCAACGAGUUCGUGGAUGUACAGGCCGCCAAGGUGCAGAUUGGCAAGCCACGUGACUUUCCGUCGUUCGGGUGGGACAACGAAUACGGACACCGUGAGGUGGACGUGUCGGCCUGUCGAGCUACCAAAUUCCUUGUAUCUAAUGGUGAGUUCGGCGAGUUUGUGCGUGAUGGAGGCUACCUUGAGCCGUCCUUCUGGAGCAAGUGGGGCUGGGAAUGGCGCUGCUUUCGCAACACCAAGUGGCCGGCCUUCUGGGUGCAGGAUGGACCUUCGGGCAGUCAGCGUUUCAAGUUGCGUGUCAUUUUUGAUGUGGUGCCGAUGCAGUGGAACUGGCCUGCUCAGGUCAAUUUACACGAAGCCCAGGCCUUCUGUAAGUGGAAGCAAGCUAAGCAAACAGACAAGAAGAUGAUUUACCACCUCACAACCGAGCCGAUCCAUCAGCUGAUGCGUGACGCAAAGGACCGCUCUGCCGACGCGUCUUCGGACGACAUUUUGACGAUUCCGGAAGGCACAAACAUGGCUGCCGCUACUGGCAAGAAUCUUAACUGGUCCUAUAUGUCGUUUUCCCCUGUGGACGCCAUGCCUCCGACAUCUCAAGGUUUCCACGACGUGUUCGGCAACGCCUGGGAGUGGUGCGAAGACAGGUUCUCGGCAUUGCCUGGAUUCCGUGUCCACCCUUACUACGACGACUUCAGUGAGCCAUGCUUCGACGGCGAGCACAACGUGAUCGUGGGUGGCUCGUUCGCUAGUGCCGGAGACAACGGAGCGUCCAAGUUCGCGCGCUAUCAUUUCCGUCCGCAUUUCUUCCAGCACGCCGGUUUUCGUGUCGUGGAGCAGACGAUGGACGACGACGGAGCCAUCACUCUGGCGACGACGGACGUGAACGCUCCACCCCCAUACGUGAACGGAAACCCGUUCCGCUCAACUGAGCGUGUGGUGGUGUCGGAUGCCUUUAAAGAGUCGAAUAAAGCGUCAGGAUGGAGCUGCAGAAGUCUCUUUGAGGACCUCCAACGCAAGAGUGAGCAAGCUCUCGGGUUGUUUGUGGCUUCGUCGACUUCUGGCGUGACGGACAAGCCUCUAGUGGCUCGCGAAGGUUCUGGUGGUGGUGCCAAGUGA